CCGUAAAGUGUUAAGCGAGCUCUAUUUGUUUCAUUCGGGUGGAUCCGCAGAGAUCGAAGUUUAUUUCUGGAAAUGUGACGUGAAAAACAGUGAAACGUGGAAAACUGUGAGCUGUUUUCGUGGACUCCACGAACGAAACGCGAAUUUCUCAAACGAAAGACAGAUUGCGGUCUCCCGUUACCUUCGUCGUGCUUGUGAAGAAGAAACUAGCGAAAAAGCGUUCUCGUUUCCUGAUGAAUGGCCGCUUUUCGCGGUGAUUUAUCGCGGCGGGACGUGCCGGCACGGUUUCGGGAAGUUUUAUUUUCCGUCGACCGCCUUGUAGCUGAAAAUCCUCGCGUCGUUUCCUGGCGGAACGAGAAUUUAUGUAGAGAAGACGAGAACGAGAUGGUCGGAAAACAAACUGAGAUUUACCGUGGUCCAGAGAAGCACUUCGCGACGUCCCUGGCCGAGAAUCGAAGAGGAAGCUGAACACGGAAUGCGCUUAUUUACGAGACCUGAAACUUUUUACCAUCGUGACGGAACGCCGGUGUCGAUUUUAUUGGUGUUGUUUAUUAAAGACGAGAGCUACCAUUUAAAUACGUCGGAAUAUAUGCACAGUAAUCGGAUGAACGAUAAAAAGAAAACUAACGAGAAGCUUAUGAAGAGGAGAAGAAAUGAAGAAUGAAAAGGGUGAUAGUUGCAUAAUAAUAUUGGGGCACGCGAAAGAAUGAUAAGAUAAAAAAUAUUUAUUAUUUAUUAACAAUUGAAAGAUUCAAUUGUUCAUUGGAAUAAAUAGUUUGAGGAAAAUUAUAAGUCAAAUCGCAUAAUCGUACCACGUGUUUCACGUUGAAUUGAAGAAAGCUUAUCCGAAUGACUAUUUGACCCAAUAAACCGUGGGAAUAAACCACUUUGCAAAGUUUUUAUUCGUCACCUUUUAUUCGAAUGAAAGUCUGCCCUUCCGGUAGACAGCGGCUGACUGAGAAUUGGAUUAACGAAACGCGACACGCGAUUGGUCGAUCGAUCCGUGUCUUUGGAAAGUUCAAUGUGAACGCAGGAAAGGAUCGAGAAAUUGUGUUAAGCGAUCGAUGAACAGGUUGUGAUCCUCGUGGCUGUCGAAUGACAUUCGAUACUUGCCGAGGAUAGUUCGCUCUAAUUGUACAAAAAAUUUCUUCAGAUUUGAAGAAUUUUAUACUAUAUUUUUGUAAAGUAAUUUAUCGAGAAUUAUAGGAGAAGUAUACAACGUCAAAGAAAUUAUGUAAUGCAUUGAUAAGGAUAUUUGCAGGUUGUCGCAGUAUAUUUUUGUAAACGACAUAUCGUGGACAUUUUCUUGGUUGAUAAUCAUUUUUGGAGAGACUGAUGUAUUGUUGAAGUCUGAUAUCCUAGUAAUUACCAAAGAAACCUAAAUUUACACAUAGUGAUUAGAGAAUCGUUGAUCAGUCAGUAUCGUUGUAAGUCAAUUAGAAGUUUUUCAGAUACAAGAAUUCAACUUGGAACAAAGGGAAGACAAAUGCAAACGUUGUUAAAAUUGUAAAAUCUUUGAUUUUCGUGAACCGUAAUUGAAACUCGUGGUAUAUUUUGAUACCAAAGGUGCCUUCUGCUCCUAGUAUAAAAGAAAAAGUGGACCACUCGAUUCUAAGUCGAUUUAGAUUAAGACUAGCAUAGAAAUUCAGCAAAGAAACGUCAGGAACUACUCCGAAUUUCUAUUAAUUUGAAAAUGAAAUUUCUUACGUGAAAAAAAUUGGAGGAAAUUGAAAAAUACAAUUUCAAGAAUAGCAACAUUUCUUCGAAUUUCAUUGGCUAAAAGGUAUCGAGCUCAACUGUAGCUAAAAGCAAUACUGUAGAACACUGAAUUUAAAAAAAAGAAAGCAAGAAGAUAACCGAUUUCAAUUUGCAAAUCUCGGAAAACCAAAGUCGACUCGUGAAAGACUCGCAAUUCUAAAACAAAACUCUGGAGAACAUCAAAUUUAAAAAAAAAUCAUUAGUAUAAACAUUCUGAAAGACCAAAGUCGAGUCGAGAGGGAAUCCAUAGCGUAAACUGUUCCAAAUCUGUGGAGCUCUAGAGUUGAACUGGAGGAUCUAUUCUGACGUCCAAACAGUGGUCUCCCGUUCCGAAAAUAAAGGUAAAACUGUGACAAGCGAUACUGAAUUGGUGAACGACAGACAAAACGUCCACGAGAGUGACUGGUGGCCGAGAAUCGAACGCGUUCCCAAUACUAUUAUAAUCCCUGCCCUUGGGGAACGCGUAUACGUCGUUGUCUAAAAAUCUGGAACUUGGCCGUGGCCGAUAGAUCGCUCACCAGGGUCUUUUCGUUGUACCAACAAACUCCGCGGAGGGAAUCCGAGGAUCCCAGAAACCAGCCACCACGAGCACGUCGGCCGAAAAUAAAGAGAGGAGUGAUUUUCAUCGACAAAUAAUCGUCUCUCUUCAGUACACCGAGGCUUAUCCGACCUAGUGGUUGAGCUCGCAAGAAUCUUUCAAAAAUCGAUUCAGAAGCCCAGAAAUAAGGUAUUUCACGCCAAAGUUUCUUCUCACGAUCGCACUGGGCGUUUCUCGCAGCCCAGAAAGGUUACCAAAAACCAGGGAUUGACGACCUCCCAUGCGAAGUGGCUCUCGAGCGUCCCAAGAACGCUUUGGAGAACCAACAGAGGCGCUUGUACAAGAAGCAGAAACCCGCCAAGGGAAAUUGAGCCUACCGUAUCGUGGCACUUGAGUCCUCCAGACCAUCGAGGAAGUUAAUUUUAAAACCAUCUCGAGAGGACUCCUUCGACCUCUGUGAUGAUCAGCGACCAUGGCGCCAGGAGCAACGAACCUGACGAGCAUUUUGCUGUUGAUGGCGAUCGCGAGGUGCUCGAGCGUCUCCGCGAGCCCUCAGCCUCCAUCCGUCAAGGUUCUGAAGGGCGUCAGGCUGCCAGGGGGAUACAUGGAGGUGGUCCAGGAGGAACACUGCUCGUACGGUGUCCUUCGAUUGACCUGCAGGUCCCUGAAGGCGUUCAUUGUCGUCCUCGAGGCGGACUACUUGUCGAACGCCACGCGUAUCUGUGGAUACGAGCCUCAGGAGUUGACGGUGAAGAAGAUGCUCAAAUACGGAGGUAGCGUGGGCUUGAAGACGAUGGAGUUGAAGGGGAAUUACAUCGACGAACCUGACGAGGAACGACUUGGGGCGGUGGACAUUAGGCAGUCGGUGAACAGGAGGUGUUCUGGGCAAAAGCAUUGUCGCUACAGUUUCAUCGAUGACCAUCCGGGCGCAGCUUAUUGGAAACCAGCCACUUUGCGAUUAAAAUACGCUUGUAUUCCUGAGACCGCCGUCAGAAAGUAUUGCAACGAGGAGGUGAAGGUGGUCGCUGGCGAUGGUGGGUACAUAAAGUCGCCAGGGUAUCCGCUCUUCUACCUCGGAGAGAACACGUGUGGAUGGACCUUCAGGUCGAGUCCUGAGCAAAGGAUCGUUCUUACUUUCCACGACCUGGAUAUACGGGGGCGGAACUCGGACGGAAGCUGCGUGGACGUAGUCAGGGUGCGAGAAAGGGGAAGAACGUUGUUCGAGGAUUGCGGUGCAGCUGCUGGCGACCGAGUCGUCUCCAAUUCGAACGUGAUCACGCUUGAUCUUAUUGCCUCCAAGAGGUUUUUCACGGCUCGGGGAUUCUUCGUGCAGUAUCAAGUAUUGGAGUGUCCAGAUGUCUCAACGCCGAACGGAAGUUACAUACUGAAUGGCACUCUAACGUCGAGGACGUUUCUGUGCAAAUCAGGCACCGUGUUUCCUGACACCAAAAAAAAAACAAGGAUACUCGAGUGCAAGGACGGCAAGUGGAACGAGAGUGUCAUCGCCAUACCAAACUGCAAGGCCACGUCAGCGGUGAUCCUGAAGACGGAAAACGAGCACCAUCAGUUGUCAAGUUUAUCUGGGGACAACGUCCUUGGCGCGGGGGUUAGAAUCGGUCGAGGCGAGGACGCAGUCGCGGCUGGCACAAGGGAGGCUAUGGAUUCGGCGCAAUCAGCCAUGAUGAAGCAAUCGGACUACGUUGUAGACGUUGUCUUGCCGACCGUCCUAAUUGCCCUGCUGUUCGUCGGCAAUGCUAUUAUCGUCUACAUUAUCUUCCAGUACAGAAAAAGGAAAGUCCCGCCACUAGAACAAGGCGAGGAGAUGGCCCUACGAAAUUCAGUAGAAGUGCCCCAGGUGUGAAUUGUGUGAGAAUCGACCAAUUAAGUUCACGAUGCCAGCAGAAACGUCAGCGAUGAGGCCUACGUUGCAUUUUUGUACGAGGAUGAUCUCCAAAAAUCGAUCUCGAAGAAGAUCGUCGCGAGGAAUCGUUGCCGAGGCGAGUCAGGGAUCCUUGAAAUUUGUGUUUAGUUUUUCGUUUCAAAAUCAUGUUCUUCGUGGAAAUAGGUUGCGUGAACGGGAAAUGUUUCACGCACACAUAUAUAACGGGGACGCUCUCGAUGAAAGACUAUAAAAUGCGCUCGUUGCCGCGUAUAAAUUCGCUCUCAAUGUUAGAACUCGGGCGCCUCUCUAGUGCUGCUACAAUUUGACGUACACACACAUUUACGAUAAUGUAUUAUAAUGUAAGGAAAUAAUAUAUUCUAUAUUUCGUCCAAAUUGUGACUAAGUUAAGAAUAAACGGAUGUUUUCUUAAUA